AAUUACUAUACUAUCCGUGAACUGUUUAGCUUAACGGAAAAAAGUUGACGUUAGUGGCUUUUGUGCCCAUUUAGAAACUGCCUGUUAUGUUUUUGUGAAAAUAAAAAGGGGAGAGAAAAUCGCUAAACCCAAAACCUCUCUUUCCAGUAUCUUCAUGGCCCAACCGGAACUGGAAAUCAUCCGCGGCUAUGAGCUCCGGCUGCUCCGUUGCACCCUCGCUCCUCCAUUGUCCGAUGCUCCUAUCCAAUCACAGCCGUCGAACAUCCAGAGUCUAUCAUCUCCUCAUUUCCACGCACAUAUCAACGACCUCCUUAAUUCCAUCGAGUCCGGAAACUAUCUCCAGGCCCUCUUAUCGGACGCGGCUCGUCUCGUUCUGGGAUCGCAAGAGUUUGACGUCGUCGAAUCUGCCGACUGUGCCGACCAGGUUUACUCCGAGUUGCUCCGCCGUGUCGAGGCUUUUAUUGUGGGCGCUUCGGAAAAUGACGUGGACAAGGCUUGUAGAGUGGUUCUGGUUAUGUGUUUGGCAAUUGCUGCUCUUUUUUGGUUCACUCAGUGCAACUUGACCGGGCCUUUUGUUGAGAAGUUGUCCGAGCGUUGUUUGCCAUUUAAAGUUUUGGAUUCGGAAGGCAGUGAAUUGGUGGAGUGGGAGAAUUGGGCGCGUAAUCAGCUUAUGUCCGCUGGCUCUGACUUGAUUGGAAAGUUCUCUUAUCUUCAGUAUAUAGUUUUUGCUAAAUUGUUGCUCCUGAAGACAAAAGAUCUUCUAUUUGAAGCAAGCUUGUCGUCUGUGUAUGGCAUUAGAAGCAUUUCAUGGUGGUGUACCAGGGUCCUACUUAUGCACCAGAGGAUUUUGGACGAGCGGUCAUCUUCUUUGUUUGAUCUAUUGAAAGUUUUUAUGGGUGAAACUUUAAGUCAUUUUGGCACUUUGGAAGAUGUAACGAGUUAUUGGGGUACCCAGCUGCAAGAUGUAGAGCUGUCGCAUAUAGUAUCUAUGAUCCAUUUAGAAGCAGGAGUCUUAGAACACAUUUAUGGAAGGGUCGAUUCUUGCAGGCGACAUUUUGAAUCUGCUGAAGUUGCAGCUGGUCUUCAGCUCUCUGUUACUGGGGCUCUUGGUUGUCGAACAAUACAUCAGGUAGAACCAAAGGCACAAAUGGUACUUGUUGCAAAUACGAGCACAUCAAACAAUACUUAUACCUGCCCUUCAGCAGACCGAGGCGUCCAAGCACACGAUUCUAGUGUCACUGAUACUUCUGAUAUUCUUAUGACCCCAAAGUUAUUGGUGAAUGGUAAUGAAUCCAAAACUGGAGCGCCGUGUGUUUACAAUGGGGCUUCAACUAUUGAUUUGAAGCCAAUCCAACAGGCAGUGGUCCUGUCACAAUGCCUUCUCAUAGAGAAGAGCUCUCGACAUGAUGAAAUGCAAAGAUGGGAUAUGGCUCCAUACAUAGAGGCAAUUGGUUCACAGAAGUCAUCGUACUUUAUUCUACAUUGUUUCUGUGAUCUCUUACGAGUUCGAUGGGAGUCAACUCGAAGUCGUACGAAGGGGCGUGCUUUAGAGAUGAUGGAUAAAUUGGUUGAGGGUGUUUAUAAGUCUACUCCUGGAGUGGCACAAAGAGUUCCCUUUUGUUAUGUGGCAUAUAUUCCUACUGCUCCUGCACUGCGAAAGGAAUAUGCUGAACUUUUAGUAAGCUGUGGUUUGAUUGGAGAGGCUAUUAAAAUUUUUGAGGAUUUAGAGUUAUGGGAUAAUCUGAUAUACUGCAACUGCCUAUUGGGAAAGAAAGCAGCAGCUGUUGAACUCAUUAAGGCACGGCUGUCUGAAAGGCCCAAUGACCCAAGAUUGUGGUGUUCAUUAGGUGAUGUUACAAAUAAUGAUGCCUGCUAUGAAAAAGCUCUGGAAGUUUCAAACAAUAAGUCAGCUCGAGCUCUGCGGUCUCUUGCUCGUAGUGCUUACAAUAGAGGGGACUAUGAGAAAUCUAAAAACCUUUGGGAGUCUGCUAUGGCGUUGAAUUCGUUGUAUCCAGAUGGUUGGUUUGCUCUUGGGGCUGCUGCAUUAAAGGCUCGGGAUAUUGAAAAGGCUUUGGAUGGGUUUACUAGGGCUGUUCAACUUGAUCCUGAUAAUGGCGAAGCUUGGAAUAAUAUUGCUUGCUUGCAUAUGCUUAAGAAGAAGAGCAAAGAAGCUUUCAUUGCAUUUAAGGAGGCCCUAAAGUUCAAACGGAACAGCUGGCAGUUAUGGGAGAACUACAGCCAUGUUGCUUGUGAUGUGGGCAAUUUUGGUCAGGCACUAGAAGCUGUACAGAUGGUGCUGAAUAUGACCAGUAAUAAAAGAAUUGAUGCUGAAUUAUUAGAGAGAAUUAUGCUAGAUUUGGAGGAUAGAGCGUCAAUUAAACAUUUAAAGUCUCCUGCAGCUGCCGAUAAUAAUAAUUGCAACAAUCAAGCUUGUCCUUCAGAUUCAACUGUAAAAUUUGUCAAUGAAUCAUCAUUUGAAGAACCAACCCAGGGAAGAUCACGGGAAGCUGAACACCUGAUGGAGUUCCUCGGGAAAAUUCUACAGCAGAUAGUUAAAAGUGAAAGCAGAGCAGAUGUGUGGGGCUUAUAUGCAAGGUGGCACAAAAUUAAAGGAGAUCUCACAAUGUGCUGUGAAGCUCUUCUAAAGCAAGUUAGAUCAUAUCAGGGAUCUGACUUGUGGAAAGACAGAGAUCGGUUUAAACAGUAUGCACAUGCGUCCUUGGAACUUUGUAAUUUGUAUAUGGAAAUAUCUUCUUCUACAGGGAGCUGUCGUCAACUCUUCACAGCUGAGAUGCACCUCAAGAACAUACUUAAACAGGCAGGGGAAUUUUCAGACAUGGAAGAAUUUAGGGACAUUCAAGCUUGUUUUAAUGAAGUACAGAUGAAACUGCAGUCUGAUUCGGUGCCUGCAUAGGUUUCCGGAUGUGCUAGUUCAAAAUUUUGGAGGCGAAGUUAAUGAUAGCGUGUCUCAUUUUCUUUUUCGACACUUAACAUACUUUUAUAACAGGAAAGCAUAUCCAGUCUAGG